CAAAAUUAAUAAAAUUUUUGUAGGUAUAAAUAUAAAGACAUCAAGACUUGUCAUUAAAAAAAAAAAGCCAUGAAUACAGAUGCCUUAGAAAACGAUGGUGAUAGCAGAGUGCAAUCUUGCCGCACAAGCGGUGACGGCAUGGAACACAUUGACAUCUCAACUUCAACGAAAGUAGGACACGAAGAGCAAUCGUCAACAAGUUUCGAAGCUGUUAAGAUCAAGCGACCACAAUUACCGCGCAAGGAUAGCACGAUAGUCCAGGAAGCGGUAUUUACGUCAAAGACGUCCCAAAGCAAUGGUAACUCUGCUUCACUGGCUUUGCCUGGCUUACACACACUCUACCGGCGACCCGACGUUAUGAGCCGAAGUCUAGCGCCUGCGCUGCCCAAGGGCGAGCUCAUCCAGCUGAAGCCUAGAUUGGUCAAUACAGCUCAACCACUGCCAGAGCAUAAGAAAACCAAACCACCGAAAUUCGUGCCUUAUGAACCAUAUCCAGGUGCCGUGAAUCCCAUGACUCCUGCACAGCAAGCCGCUAAGCAAAGGACUCAGAGGGUUAGCAAAAACAAUUUAGACAUUGCUGUUCUAGCGGAUCAGGUAUCAACGCUGCGCACUCAGGAACUUGUCCAAGAUGAUGGCGAUGCCAAACACAUUGAUGCAACGAGCAGCGCAAGCAGCGAGGAAAUGCAACGUCUCAAGCAGGAGUUGGCUAAAAUGCAAGAGGAGCGCGAUCAUUUUAAGGCGCAGUAUAAAUUCCAGACGCAAGUUAACGGGGAGCUUAAAAGCCUGCUAGUAGCUUCCGUUGGCGAAGACUUACAGACAAGGGUCAACUUGCUGACCGAAGAUAAAUUGCAAUUAGCUCGUGCUCUGCUCGAUACGGCAAACAAUUUGACCACACACACUGAACAAAUCGAAUUUUUGGCCAGUCAAUGCGAGGUGUGGCGCUCCAAGUUUUUGGCCAGCAGCGUCAUGGUCGAGGAACUGGCGCGCUGGAAAGCCGAUCUUACGCAAAAGAAUCAAAUGCUGAACGAAUCGACCAAACAAUUGAUGCACACCACGCAUCAAAUACGCGAAAUUCAAUUGGACAUCCUAAAGCAACUGAAAUUCCUCGCUAAAAUACGUUAUCUAAAUUUGCCUUCCACUGAUGUAAUCAGCCUUAGCGCCGAGAACUUAAAUAUCCUACAGCGUAUGGUGUUGCACUCAGGAUUGGGCAUACCCGAGACGACUCUCAAGCUUUCUAGUGCAACAACCAGCCCGCUCUGUGAUGCCGAGAAAUACGCUGUGCAGGCACUGGAAUUUGUUAGUCAGCCGCUGAUGGCUACGGAUGAAGCUAUACGAGCACUAUUCGGUCAGGUGCAGCGUCCGCAUUUCGGCAUGUCAGCCGCAACUGGGGAGUCAGAAACAGCGGGCACCUCCCAAUGAGAGGAUCACUUAUUGAGCAAUAUUUGAUUUUAGAAAAACAUGCAAUUUUUUAUAUAAUAGACGUAGCACGGUAAAUGCAAU